GCCCCCUUUCCUGUGCCACAAAGUUUAUUUGCAACAAAAGGGAGCCUGGAGCGAACAGCUUGGGGGGGGAGGUAGGGAGCGGGAGCCGGAGCGGGAGCUCGAGGGGAGGCCGGCCGGCCGCCGGGCUGCUACAGGCGGACGCAGAGUCAAAGAACUGAGCCUCGGGUUCCUCUCCGGCCGGGCCGCGAUGCCCCUGGCCGCUCCCGCUGAGGCUAGGACUGGGCCUGGGGUCGCCGCUGGGGCUAGAAGGGCCGCCCGAAUGGAGCUGCUGCCGCCCGCAGUCGCAGAAACUUGAUCCACGACUGAUAAACCUCUGCUCUGGUCUCUCAGUGCUCUCCUCCCAAACCUCCGCGCGCUGUGGGUGUAGGACCCCGGCCUUCCGACCGCUGCCACUGAGCUCUUCUGCCGCGGGAGUGGAGGGGGGGGUUGGCCGCGGCUCCCCGAGGCCAGCCCCCCCGGAGUGACUGUAGCCACCAUGGCGGACGGGUCGCCUCGGCCCCCACUGUAUCGCAGCGUGUCGUUCAAACUGCUGGAGCGCUGGAGCGGCGGACCCGGGCCGAGCGAGGAGGACGCGGACACCCCCGGGUUACGGCGCCGAGCCUCGUGCCGGCCGGUCACGGUCACGGCCAUCCCGGGCCAGCCCUCCCGGCGCGUGUCCAAGCUGGCGUCGGAGCCCCCGGCCGCCCCCGCGCAGCCGCGCCCGCUCCGCAGCCUCUCGCCCUCGGUGCGCCAGCUCUCCCGGCGCUUCGACGCUGCGCGACUGGACAACGACUCUACAGGGGCCCGGGACGGGGGCGUCUUGCCCGGAAGCGCGGAAGACGCGGCCGAAGGCGCCGCGCGUGGGGUCUGGCCCAGCGUCACCGAGAUGCGCAAGCUCUUCGGCGGCCCUAGCUCCAGGCGACCCUGUGCGGACUCCGAGGCCCCAGGGACGACCAGCCCCGACGAUACUUCGUGGGAGCACCCAGCUCGCGAUCCUCGUCAGCCCCCGACGCCCCCUCCUCGGACGUGCUUCCCACUGGCUGGUCUGCGGGCGGCGCGGCCGCUGUCCGGGACGGGGAUCGAGGGGAGGCGACGGCGGCAGCAGCCGCUGCAGGAGCGGGCGCAGCGUCCGGCGGAUGGUUUACAUUCUUGGCAUAGCUUCUCUCAACCGCAGGCCGCGGCUCGGGCCUCCUGCUACUCCUCCUCCUCCUCCACCUCCAUUGCCUCCUCCUAUCCUGUCAGCCGCAGCCGGGCUGCCAGCUCCAGCGAGGAGGAAGAGGAGGGACAGCAGCCGCAGCUCCAGCCUGGGGCUCAGAAUCCGGCCUACCUCUGCGGCCACUCCUCGGGCAGUGACGAGGACCAAGAUGGUGAGGGCUGCCACCGAUGGAGAGGGAGUGGGCUCAGGCCUGGAAGCUCCCUGUUGGAUCAGGACUGCAGCCGAGACAGUGACGGGUUAAAUCGGGGCAGCGUGGACUCUGCAGGGGGAGUCAGGAGCCCUGAACCUCCUACAUUUCCAAGAGCCCCUAUGGAGGAGGGACCCCGGGAGUGGGGUACUGGCUCGCUGCCCUGCGUCUCAGGUCCCCAAGAGGGCUUGCGGCCUAUGUCCGACACUGUGGGAGGAGCUUUCCGUGUGGCCAAGGUGAGCUUUCCUGCGUACCUGGCCAGCCCUGCUGGUUCCCGAGGUAGCAGCCGCUAUUCCAGCACCGAGACCCUCAAGGACGACGAUCUGUGGUCUACCCGGAGUUCUGGGAGCUGGGGUGUAUAUCGAUCGCCAAGUUUUGGAACUGGAGAAGGGCUCCUACGGCCCCAGACUCGUCCCCGUACUAAGGGACCUGUGGGCACCACCAGGGCUUUGAGGGAUGGAGGAUUGGAGCUGGACAAGAACCGACAGCGCAAGUCCUUAUCGAAUCCAGAUAUAGCCUCAGAAACGCUGACACUCCUUAGUUUUCUGCGCUCAGACCUUUCAGAGCUGAGGGUCCGAAAGCCCAGUGGGGGCCCUGGGAGCAGCCCCCUAGAUGGCCGAGGCUCACCAUCAGCAAGUAGCCCAAUGGAGCAACUUGAAUCCAUGCCCUCCCAAAGUCCGGCGUCACCCACCACCCGACCCACACUCAAGGACCUGACAGCUACCCUGCGUAGGGCAAAGUCGUUCAGUUGCUCAGAGAAGCCCAUGGCUCGUCGCCUACUCCUCACCAGUGCUCUGAAGCCCAGCUCCUCUGAGCUGCUUCUGGCAGGUGCUGGGGCAGAGGAGGAUCCAUUGCCACUUGUGGUCCAGGAUCAGUAUGUGCAGGAGGCCCGGCAGGUUUUUGAAAAGAUCCAGCGCAUGGGCGCACAACAGGAUGAUGGGUGUGAUGGCUCCCCUAGAAGCCCUGACUGGGCAGGGGACAUGACCCAAGGGCAGCGGUCUCAGGAGGAGCUCUCUGGCCCUGAGUCCAGCCUGACAGAUGAGGGCAUUGGGGCAGAUCCUGAACCUCUUGGUGCUGCUUUUUGCAGCUUAGAUUCCGGAGGGGUGUGGCGACCCCUUUCCUCCAGCUCAGCUCAGAUGAACCACCGUGGUGCUGGGACAGAGGAUAGUUUGGGUGGGUGGUCCCUAGUGUCUCCUGAGACCCCUCCCACACCAGGUGCCCUCCGAAGGAGACGUAAAGUCCCACCCUCAGGCUCUGGUGGGACUGAACUGAGCAAUGGGGAGGCAGGUGAGGCCUACAGAUCCCUGAGUGACCCGAUUCCACAGCGCCAUCGGGCUGCCACCUCUGAGGUGCCCCCUGGGUUCUCUGUGGACAGCAACCUUCUGGGCUCACUGAACUCUAAGAUGGGGCUUCCUGCGACCCCAGCUAUGGAUGAGGGCUUGACCAGUGGGCAUAGUGACUGGUCUGUGGUCAGUGAAGAGAGCAAGGGCUAUCAGGAGGUCAUGGAGAGUAUUGUUCAGGGGCCUGGUGCCUUGGGUCGAAUGGGAGAAGACAGGGUUGCUGGCAAGGGCCCCAAGAAGAAAUCUCUGAGUGACCCUAGUCGCCGUGGGGAGCUGACUGGGCCUGAAUUUGAGGGCCCUGGAGGAGAACCCAUCCGAGAAGUUGAACCCCUGCUGCCUCCGUCCAGCAGUGAACCUAUCCUUGCAGAGCAAUGGGCAGAUCCAGAAGAACCUGGUCCUGCCAGGGGCCGGGCUCAGUCAGAGAGGGCCCUACCUGCCCCACCUGCCUCUUCCACUACCCACCGUGACUUCCGCCUUGACCCCAAGCUGGCUGACAUUCUGUCCCCUCGGCUCACUCGCCGAGGUUCCAAGAAGCGCCCAGCCCGGACCAGUCACCAGGAGCUUCGGAGAGAGGAAGGGAACCAGGACCAGACUGGUAGCCCAUCACAGGCCCGGUCCUCCUCCAAACAUGUUCGCCAUGCCAGUGUGCCUGCCACCUUCACACCUAUUGUGGUGCCAGAGCCUAGGGUUUCUGUAGGACCCCCUGUGGCUGUGCCAGAGCCUGUGGGCUUCCUUGCACGAGGCCACCCCAUGUUGCAGGCACCAUCACUUGAGGAUGUCACCAAGCAGUACAUGCUGACCCUUCGCUCCAGUGAGGUCCCUGCUCCAGGGCCUGUGGACCUACCUUGCUUGCCGCCCUCUGCACCGCCCUCUGCUGAGACCAAGCCCCCUGAGGUUGCCAGGGCUCCAGAUGAGCCUGCCCCAGCCAGCAAGUGCUGUAGCAAGCCACAAGUGGACAUGCGGAAGCAUGUGACCAUGACCCUGUUGGACACAGAGCAAUCAUAUGUGGAGUCACUACGCACCCUGAUGCAGGGCUACAUGCAGCCACUGAAGCAGCCAGAGAAUUCCUUGCUGUGUGACCCAUCACUGGUGGAUGAGAUCUUCGAUCAGAUUCCUGAGCUCCUGGAGCACCACGAACAGUUCCUGGAGCAGGUGCGGCACUGUGUGCAGACGUGGCACACCCAGCAGAAGGUGGGAGCUCUCCUUGUCCAGUCGUUCUCUAAAGAUGUCCUGGUGAACAUCUAUUCUGCCUAUAUUGAUAACUUCCUCAAUGCAAAGGAUGCUGUGCGUGUGGCUAAGGAGGCGAGGCCAGCCUUUCUCAAGUUCCUGGAGCAAAGCAUGCGUGAGAACAAGGAGAAGCAGGCACUGUCCGACCUCAUGAUCAAGCCCGUGCAGCGGAUCCCACGCUAUGAGCUUCUGGUAAAGGACCUUUUGAAGCACACACCUGAAGACCAUCCUGACCACCCACUCUUGCUGGAUGCACAACGGAACAUAAAGCAGGUGGCUGAACGCAUCAACAAGGGUGUGAGGAGUGCUGAGGAGGCGGAGCGGCAUGCUCGUGUUCUGCAGGAGAUCGAGGCCCACAUUGAGGGCAUGGAAGAUCUCCAGGCUCCCCUGCGACGGUUCCUGAGGCAAGAGAUGGUCACUGAUGUGAAGGCGAUUGGAGGCAAGAAGGAUCGGUCCCUCUUCCUGUUCACAGACCUCAUUGUCUGUACCACCCUGAAGCGGAAGUCAGGCUCCCUGCGGCGAAGUUCCAUGAGCCUGUACACAGCGGCCAGUGUCAUUGACACAGCUAGCAAGUACAAGAUGCUAUGGAAGCUGCCACUGGAAGACACAGACAUCAUCAAAGGGGCAUCUCAAGCCACCAAUCGAGAGAACAUCCAGAAGGCCAUCAAUCGCCUGGAUGAGGACUUGGCCACCCUGAACCAAAUGAGCAAGCUCUCUGAGAGCCUCGGCUUUCCUCACCAGACUCUGGACGAUGCACUUCGGGAUCUCUCAGCUGCCAUGCACCGGGACCUUUCAGAAAAGCAGGCCUUGUGCUAUUCGCUUUCCUUCCCGCCCACCAAGCUGGAGCUGUGUGCCACCCGGCCUGAGGGCACUGACUCCUUCAUCUUUGAGUUUCCCCACCCUGAUGCCCGCUUGGGCUUUGAGCAGGCCUUUGAUGAGGCCAAGAGGAAGCUGGCAUCCAGCAAAAGCUGUCUAGAUCCUGAAUUCCUGAAAGCCAUCCCCAUCAUGAAAACUCGCAGUGGCAUGCAGUUUUCCUGUGCGGCCCCUACCCUCAGCAGCUGCCCAGAGCCCGCGCCAGAGGUUUGGGUGUGCAACAGUGAUGGCUAUGUGGGUCAGGUGUGCCUGCUAAGCCUGCGGGCUGAACCAGACGUGGAGGCCUGCAUCGCCGUUUGCUCCGCCCGCAUUCUCUGCAUCGGUGCGGUGCCAGGCCUGCCACCGCGCAGCAGCCCACGGGAGCAGCCAGAGCCCCUGAGGAAUCGCCCAGAGAUGGCACCUGAGCCUGCUGGGGCCGAGCUAGAGAUGGAGACCACGGCAGAUGAGGAAGGAGCGGCACUGGGCGAGCCAGGGCCCCAACCCUGCCUACACAUUUCUAUCUCAGGAUCUGGCCUGGAAAUGGCCCCAGGCCCUGCUGAGGGUGACCCCCGCCCUGAGUUGGUACCCUUUGACAGUGACUCUGAUGAUGAAUCUUCACCCAGCCCCUCCGGGACACUGCAGAGCCAGGCCAGCCAGUCUACCAUAUCCUCCAGCUUUGGCAAUGAGGAGACCCCAAGCUCCAAGGAGGCCACUGCAGAGACGACCAGCUCUGAGGAAGAGCAAGAGCCUGGCUUCCUGCCACUGUCCGGCUCCUUUGGGCCUGCGGGUCCCUGUAGCACCAGCCCAAUGGAUGGAAGAGCCCUUCGCCGCUCCAGCCGUGGCUCCUUCACAAGGGGCAGCCUCGAGGACCUGUUGAGCGUGGACCCUGAGGCCUACCAAAGCUCCGUGUGGCUGGGGACUGAGGAUGGCUGUGUCCACGUCUACCAGUCCUCUGACAGCAUCCGAGAUCGCAGGAACAGCAUGAAACUCCAGCACGCAGCCUCUGUGACCUGCAUCCUGUAUCUGAAUAACCAGGUGUUUGUGUCCCUGGCCAGUGGAGAACUUGUGGUCUACCAAAGAGAACCAGGACGUUUCUGGGACCCCCAGAACUUCAAGUCAUUGACACUGGGUGCUCAGGGGAGCCCCAUCACCAAGAUGGUAUCCGUGGGUGGGCGGCUGUGGUGUGGCUGCCAAAACCGAGUCCUUGUUCUGAGCCCUGACACGCUACAGCUAGAGCACACAUUCUACGUGGGGCAGGAUUCAAGCCGAAGUGUUGCUUGUAUGGUGGACUCCAGCCUGGGUGUGUGGGUGACAUUGAAAGGUAGUGCCCAUGUGUGUCUCUAUCAUUCAGACACUUUUGAGCAGCUGGCGGAGGUAGAUGUCACCCCUCCUGUGCACAGGAUGCUCGCAGGGUCUGAUGCCAUCAUCCGGCAACACAAGGCUGCCUGCCUGCGGAUCACCGCACUGCUGGUGUGUGAGGAACUGCUGUGGGUGGGCACCAGCGCUGGGGUUGUGCUCACCAUGCCUGCAUCCCCCAGCACUGUCAGCUGCCCUCGGGCACCUCUCAGCCCAGCUGGCCUAGGUCAGGGGCAUACUGGCCAUGUUCGCUUCCUGGCCGCAGUCCAGCUGCCUGAUGGCUUCAACCUGCUCUGUCCAACCCUACCAUCUCCCCCAGACACAGGUGGGUGUCAUUCCACAGCCUGAUGAUGAAGCGGAGCCUACUGUGCUGGCC